AUGUACGCGCUUAUGCGCGCGGUAAGUGCUGGACACUCGCUCUGGCGAAUUUGUUUAUUGGAAAAUUGUGAACUCGCUACACUCGACGGCGAAUUUAUUUCCGCUACGCGACGUCGCACGAACGAGCGCCGCGGAUACGUAAAUCCGGUGGCAGCCCUACGGGGGGGUGGUGGUUGUACGGAGAGAUUGCGUGCGCGGGGCGUAUGGGCCACGGCGGAGAGGUGCGCGGGGUGCGGCCGAGGGGGGGUGUGGUGGUGCGCGCGCAUGCCGUCGGGCGGCGUCGCGCGGCAGUCCGGCCGCCCCCGCAGCUCGCACCGGUCCCGGCGCCGCCGGCUCCCGCUCGGAUGCCGCUGCCGGCCGCCGCGUGCGAUGGUCCACGCCGGGCAGGCCGCGCGAGCGAUGUUCGCCGCCGCUGAGGCAAAGCCGCGCCGCGCCGUCUCGCCCCUCGGCAUACCAAAGUCGCCCUCGUUCCACUCGGGCCUCGACCUGGUCGCGAGCCAGGUGGCCAAGCGUUCGGAUAGCGCGUCUGACGUGGCGCGCGCGUUCCGCUUCGCCCUAGCCGGCGCCGCCAUGGAGGGCCAGGUGCCGCCGCAGAAGCCCCCCUCGCCCCCCGGCCCGCGCUCCCCGCCGGCCCCCGUCGCCCGCUCGCCGGAGCGGCCGCCUGACAAGGAGAGCCUCAUGGUCCAACUGCCCCUGCUCAAAGACGCACCGGCAGCGGAGCGUGAGCAGCUGUUCGUGCAGAAGCUGCGCCAGUGCUGCCUGCUGUUCGACUUCGCCGACGAGCCCCUGUCGGACCUCAAAUGGAAGGAGGUGAAGCGCGCCGCGCUGCUGGAGAUGGUCGAGUAUGUCACGUCGCAGCGCGGCGUCAUCACGGAGGCCAUAUACCCGGAGGCGGUGAACAUGUUCGCCAUCAACCUUUUCCGCACCCUGCCGCCGUCUUCGAACCCGAACGGCGCGGAGUUCGACCCCGAGGAGGACGAGCCGACCCUGGAGGCGGCCUGGCCGCACCUCCAGCUGGUCUACGAGCUGUUCCUGCGGCUGCUCGAGUCGCCGGACUUUCAGCCGAACAUCGCCAAGAAGUACAUCGAUCAGAAGUUCGUGCUGCAGUUGCUGGAUCUAUUCGACACAGAGGAUCCGCGCGAGCGGGACUUCCUGAAGACCACACUCCACCGGAUAUACGGGAAAUUCUUAGUUCUCCGCGCCUACAUAAGGAAACAGAUCAAUAACGUGUUUUACAGGUUCAUCUACGAGACGGAGCACCACAACGGCAUCGCCGAGCUCCUCGAGAUCCUCGGCUCCAUCAUCAACGGCUUCGCGCUGCCACUCAAGGAGGAGCACAAGAUGUUCCUGCUCAGGGUGCUGCUGCCACUGCACAAGGCGAAAUCGCUGUCGGUGUACCAUCCCCAGCUGGCGUACUGCGUCGUCCAGUUCCUCGAGAAGGACCCAUCGCUGACGCAGCCCGUCGUCAGGGCGCUGUUAAAGUACUGGCCGAAGACGCACUCGCCUAAGGAGGUGAUGUUCCUCAACGAGAUGGAGGAGAUACUGGACGUGAUCGAGCCGUCAGAGUUCCAGAAGAUCAUGGACCCCCUGUUCCGGCAGCUGGCCAAAUGCGUGUCCAGUCCACAUUUCCAGGUGGCGGAACGGGCCCUUUACUACUGGAACAACGAGUACAUAAUGUCCCUCAUAUCGGACAACGCGACCCACAUACUGCCGAUAAUGUUCCCGUCGCUGUACCGCAACACGAAGAGCCACUGGAACAAGACCAUACACGGCCUCGUCUACAACGCGCUCAAGCUGUUCAUGGAGAUGAACCAGAAGCUGUUCGACGAGUGCACGCAGCAGUACAAGCAGGAGAAGCAGAAAGAGCGCGAGCGGAUGCUGCAGCGCGAGGAGCUGUGGCAGCGGCUGGAGGCGCGGGCGGCGGCGAACCCGGCCAGCGCGGCGCUGUCGCUGCCCGCUCCCGCUACCGCUCACGCCCCCGCCUCCGCUCCCGCCUGCGCCCCGCCCGAGCACGCACCCCACCCCGCGUUCGCGCCGCCCGCAGAGCCCGCGCGCAGGCUGGAUCGCGAACAGAACGAGAGCAGAAAGCAGGGCUACAACAACGCGAGUAAACCGCUGCUGCGCAAGAAGUCCGACCUGCCGGCCGACACGUCCACCGUGAAGGCGCUGAUCGAGCACAAGCGCGCCGACCCCUACCUGACUACGCCGCCCGACGGCGACCGCUGC